AUGGGGGAUCAGAAGGAAGUGACCAUGGUCCAGAGAUCCACUUCAUUCAGCAUCAAGAGUCUGCUGCUCCCGUCUAAAUGCGAGGCACGUCCAGCGGAGCUGUGCGAGAAAAGCGCGUUUUCAGCAGGAUCUGAUUCAGAAAAACCAAGAGAUCAGACAAGAGACAUGGAGCAAACGGAAAAGUCAAAAAAGGCGGAUGAUAAAGUGAGUGAUAAAGGGGAAUCCGGUAAAACCGGCAAACUCGACAAGCCUCCGUUCAGCUACAACGCACUGAUUAUGAUGGCCAUCCGCCAGAGUCCUGAGAAGCGACUCACCCUGAACGGCAUCUACGAGUUCAUCAUGCAGAACUUUCCGUAUUACCGGGAGCAUAAACAAGGAUGGCAGAACUCCAUCCGGCACAACCUGAGCCUAAACAAAUGCUUUGUUAAAGUCCCAAGGCAUUACGAUGACCCUGGGAAAGGGAACUACUGGAUGCUGGAUCCUUCAAGUGACGAGGUGUUUAUAGGAGGGACGACUGGAAAACUCCGCCGGCGUUCAGCUACUUCACGAGGCAAGCUGGCCAUGAAGCGGGGUCUGCGAUUCGCACCGCUCGGGUUUGGAAUAAACGACAGAUCGAGCAAUCCUCUGUACUGGCAAAUCUCCCCCUUUUUAUCCUUACAGCCUCCGUCUUACAACGCCCCAGCAUCCGGAUUUCUAAAUCACGGCCAUGCUUAUGGUUCACUCAUCCCCGGAGUGGAUCAGCUUGGAAACGGUGAGCUUGCGCGGCCCAUUCUCAGCUCCUCCGGUGGUCCUCUUGGUUUCACGAACACUUAUGGGAUGAGUUCGUCUCCGGUCGGGUUAAUACAGAGUCAGCAUAGUUAUUUAGGAAGCCCGCAGCAGCGGCAGCAGCCCGCACCCCUGCACCAAAGCGCGUCACCGUUCGGCGUCUCCGCCACUUCGGCGCGAUCGCUGAUCUCGGACACUCUCAGAGCCACGUUACCUUCUUUCAGCCCCGUAGGAUCAAGCGACUUCCACGGAGUUUUGUCUCAGCACAAAAGGGGCCUUCCUCAUUCAUAUUUAAACUGAUAACUGCGCAAUUUUGUAGGAAUUAUAACGAAAUUACGCACA